AUGUUCCAGCGCCCGUCGCUGACUGUGGACCAGCGAGUUGCUGUCUGUCGCAAGUACUUUAUUGCUGGGCUGUGUUUCAUGCCUUUGGCAUGGAUGGUGAACAUUGCCUACUUUUGGGAGGAGCUGCGUCAUCCGCGCGGACACCCCAAGAUCAAGAGAUAUGUGAUGUACUCGGCAGUAGGCAGUGUGGUGUACAUGUCGGCGUUCUUUGUCUGGCUGGCCAUUUACUUGACGUCGUGGCGGUCGUGGGGCGCAACUGGUGACAACAUCUCGAUCUAUGUGCCGGCCGGGGAUCCAAAGUAA